AUCUCCCAGACACUUGGACCCUGCGGACUUUGGAUGCAUUGGGGGAGGGGGCUCAGAAAGAAUGACGGGUGGAGGGAGAUUCAGCUGCCAGGCGCCCCCUGCCUCUCCCAGGACUCGCUCUGUGCUUGGGGCAAACUUUCAGGCCAAAGCAGCAAGACAGGAACAUGCCAACACCCAGUGAAUUGCAAAGCCAAACAAUGCACCAGGGCCUCCGGGGUUUCCGGACCCGGUUGCACCCCAACCUUAGACCUGCUUGAUCGGGGAUUGUCCUACUCUCCCCCAGAACUCUGGCCUCCGGCUGCGCCUAUUCUGGCUCUCUUUCAGUCCCUCCCACCGAAACCGACGCCUUACCGGAGUAGGAGGGGGCCAGGCACCUCGCCGCCCGUAGCCCGCGCCGCGCGGGGCCGCGGGUGCCGCCGCCACUGAUCCUCUAAACGCGGUCUCCCCUCACUCUCCCCGGCCGAGGGAUGCAGAAUGGUUUACAGAGGGACGGCGAGGCGCUGAUUGGUCGCGGGCCGCCGUGACGUCGGCGAGCGCUGCAUUAAGGCGAGGGGGCUUCCAGAGCUCAGCCAACAGCCAGGAGCAGUGACCGAGCCGCUGGAGCUGGGGAGAGACGCGCCGGGCGGCGGACUGGGCCAGGAAGACCAGGAGCCGAGGGGCGCGGGCCCAGAGAGAGCCCGCCAGGAGCUGCAGCCCAGGCGGCGAGAGCGGCGGUCGGCGCCGAACUGUUCCAGACGCUGGCUGACUGUGGCUGCUGCACCAGGACAUUAUUUUAAAGCUUUCCAAGCUGCCCCCUCCCCCCCGACUCCUCCCGCUGCAAAAAGGAAAGACAGAGAGAAAGAAGGAGACUAGAAAGGAAAUCCAGAUUUGCCACCACUACGAGAAAAGGGGUAAAAGGAAAAAGGGAAGAAAGUCGAGAGCCUGGGUUUGGACGCAGGCAGCCGGAUCGUGGGCCGAGCGAUGCGGGGCUGCGCCUCCAGACAGCCGCGAGUUGUGACUGGAGCCGCGAUGCACGGCCAGGCGCGGUGAAGAGCCGGACCGUAUUGCCUCCCCCAAGGAGUCCAGGCGCAGGGAGGGCCGCCCCGAGGACACGGAGGCCGCCUGGCAGGCCACUGGCCGAGGUGACGGGGCUGGGGCGGUGGGGAGCGAGCGCGCGCGCCUGGCUGCGUCCGCCCGAAGUUGUCCCUCUCGGUUUUUGAUUGACACAAACACUUCUCCAAAAGGGGGGGAAAGACCUAAGCAACAACAACAAUUAACACCAAGAUCUCCUCCAACCCUGCCUUCCCUCCCUCCCCCUUCGGCUUGUCCCCAUCGUCUCCCCCAGGCCCAGCGCGGGCGCCCGGCGCGUCCCAACCCGAGGCACGCUGCGGGCAGUUUAGAAUCCAAAGCUUCUUUACUUGUUUUCUUUUCUUUUUGUAAAAACAAAAAAGAGGGGGAAACCUCGGUGGUGGGCAGGCUGGUACGCACACACCCGCCUUCAUACCCCGACGAAAGCAGAUGCACUUUGACUUCUGACAGCUCUACCUCAAGCCGGAGAGAACUCAGCAGCGCACUCCGCGCAAUCCGAGCUAUCGGUGUCUUCCUCUUCUCAGUCUCCGUUUUAUUUAUUUCCGUUCCCGCUGCCGGUUCUCGGUGACCUUCAUUCCUCCACGGGCUCUGGGCAGAAGAGUCGCCUGCCUGAAGCUUCUUUUCCUUACCCAGGGAGCCGAGGUGGCGUUGCUCCGCCCCGUGGCCCUGGGACCCCCAGGCUGUGCCCUCCACCCUGUGCCCCGCCUCAACCUUUUUUUCCCCCUUUUGAUUUCCUGGUGCGGGUUUGGCUUGCCAGGCCGAGUUUGUCUCCUCUUUUUGGAGGGGCUGGGGAGCUGGUGCCGAUCGUCUUUGGGAGUCAUUUCCUUGGCUCUACUUGCCCCUGUCUCUCCCGGCCUCACCCGACCAAACCAAAGACCAUGGUGCACUGUGCCGGCUGCAAAAGGCCCAUCUUGGACCGCUUCCUCUUGAACGUGCUGGACAGGGCCUGGCAUGUCAAGUGUGUCCAGUGCUGUGAAUGUAAAUGCAACCUGACCGAGAAGUGCUUCUCCCGGGAAGGCAAGCUCUACUGUAAGAACGACUUCUUCCGAUGUUUCGGUACAAAAUGCGCGGGCUGCGCACAGGGCAUCUCCCCUAGUGACCUGGUGCGGAGGGCGCGAAGCAAAGUGUUUCAUCUGAACUGCUUUACCUGCAUGAUGUGUAACAAGCAGCUUUCCACUGGUGAGGAGCUCUACAUCAUAGAUGAGAACAAGUUCGUCUGCAAAGAGGAUUAUCUAAGUAACAGCAGUGUCGCCAAAGAGAACAGCCUCCACUCGGCCACCACGGGCAGUGACCCCAGUUUGUCUCCAGAUUCCCAAGACCCAUCACAGGAUGAUGCCAAGGACUCGGAGAGCGCAAAUGUGUCAGACAAGGAAGGGGGCAGCAAUGAGAAUGAUGACCAGAAUUUGGGUGCCAAGAGGCGGGGGCCUCGCACCACCAUCAAAGCCAAGCAGCUGGAGACUUUGAAGGCUGCUUUUGCCGCUACACCCAAGCCCACAAGACACAUCCGAGAACAGCUGGCACAAGAGACUGGCCUCAACAUGCGAGUCAUCCAGGUCUGGUUCCAGAACCGACGCUCCAAGGAACGGAGGAUGAAGCAACUGAGCGCGCUGGGCGCCCGGCGCCACGCCUUCUUCCGCAGUCCGCGCCGGAUGCGGCCCCUCGUGGACCGCCUGGAGCCGGGCGAGCUCAUCCCGAACGGCCCCUUCUCCUUCUACGGAGAUUACCAGAGCGAGUACUACGGCCCCGGUGGCAACUACGACUUCUUCCCGCAAGGUCCCCCGUCCUCGCAGGCCCAGACGCCCGUGGACCUUCCCUUCGUGCCGUCGUCCGGGCCAUCUGGGACGCCCCUGGGCGGCCUGGAGCACCCGCUGCCCGGCCACCACCCGUCCAGCGAGGCGCAGCGGUUCACCGACAUCCUGGCGCACCCUCCAGGGGACUCGCCCAGCCCUGAGCCCAGCCUGCCGGGGCCCCUGCACUCCAUGUCGGCUGAGGUCUUCGGACCCAGCCCGCCCUUCUCGUCGCUGUCGGUAAACGGCGGGGCGAGCUACGGGAACCACCUGUCCCAUCCCCCCGAAAUGAACGAGGCGGCCGUGUGGUAGCGGGGUCCCGCGCGGUCCGCGGAGUUCGUGGUUUGUACAGAAAUGAACUUUUAUUCAAGUGAAAGAGAACGAGAGAGAGAGAAAAAAAAAAACAUAAAAA